CCCUGUCGUCAUAGCACCAUAGUACGGCUCUGACACUACCGAGAGAGAGAGGGGCACAAUAAACAGAAGACAUCUAUGUCUGACAGCGAGGCAGCGAAGACCGUAAUUUAAACCGCGCGUCUUUGCUCCCCAAGUAGAAACCCUCCUCACCCCAUGAACGGUGCCGGUGACACGGGGUUUAACGUCCUCUAAAGACGGUGACAGGGCGAGGAGGGAAGCUUGCCUUCCGGGGUAUUCAGCGAAGCAGCAGCUGAAGCAGAGUUGAUUUGGUUUUGACCACUGGAGGACCCACCACUAACUAGCCGGGUAAGGUAAAACGCACAGCAUGAACCCAGCCAUGCGCUCGGCUCCUUUCGAGCUCCGUCUGUGCAUGCAUCAGCAGCUGCUGUGUCUGUCCUUUUAUAGAAAUUUUGCUCGAAAUGUCUCGAUCUAGUCUCGCGCCUCUGUCAGUCCCGUCAGUGAGUGAAAUGGAAUUGGAACAUUCGAAUGGGGAUAUUAAUUAAAUUAAACCAGGCAUCAUGAUCAUGCAAUUGGAUAUUGUGGGGGAGAGGGAGAGUGGUUGACAGUGCGUGUGUCUGUGGUGGUGGGGUUUAGACUACUGUGCUGAUGCUGUUGCGUGUGUGACGCGCCUUCCAUGGCGAGCCACAGAGCGAGACGCAUGUGUGUUUGUUGGUGUUCCUCGCCUCGCGCACAUCCGUUUUGGUUGGGGGCCGCAGAAGGUAGCCGAUGUCUCGUCUAUCAUGUUUUUAAUAGAUUUCAUAGACAGUACAGUGGACGACGUUGUGUUUACACGAACAUGGACACUACAUUCAAACGCAAAACAUUGUGAACUAGCCACCAAAUGCAAUUGUGGCAAAUCGGGUGCAACCAGUUUGUUGAGAAACAUGGCAUUUGUAGGCCAAAUCAGUUUUUAUUAUAGGUCUAUUAUUAUUGUUAAUAAUAAUAAGUAUUAUUAUUGUUAUAAUUAUUGUAAUUGCAUUAUUAGGCGACUAUGGCAGCCAAUGUCAUAGCCUAGACCUAGUAGCCUAAUUGCUGUGAUCUUGUGCCAUGUUGGACAGAUCAACACACACAGAUAGAGAGAGAGAGAGAUUUCCUGACCUGGCCAUGUCACAAAUGUCUGAUGUCUGUUUACUUCAGCAGGCUGGUUGGGUUAGCUGGAUAACCAUUACCGGAGCCAUCCUGUGUGUGUGUGUGUGUGCGAGAGAGAUGCUCUCUCCUUGAUGUUGCAUAACGACUGUCUGUGGCACUGCUGUCAAAAUAAGAUGGCAUGGUUUCCUGCCAUAAUGCCAUAUCAUCUUCAGACUAGACUAUACGUCUAGUCUACCUAUAUGCCGGAAUCAUGUUAUAGCCUUAUUAGCAGAUAAUGUAUAGGGGCAAUUCCAUGGUAACGGAAUUAAAAUGUAUGAGAAACCAAAACCAUUGAUUUCAAAGUAGAACAAACCAUACAACUCUAUGCACAAGGACUACUUUUAACAAUUUCCACUGAAACAUAUACAAAAACGAAUUUAGUGGAAGAACUGUGCAGAUGCAAACUUUGGUAACGGAAUUACGGUAAAAUCUCCCUCAGGUUUCUAUGCGACCACAUCUUCCAAAGACUCUGUUAAAUAUCUGCUCUGAAUUAAGAUGAAAAGAUGUCUGCAGAAAGAAUAGGGUGUCAGCUAUGACAUGGCACCUUGGGUUUGAAAAAAUCUAUUUUGGUUACUGAACUGCAGUAAGUGAAGUGGCUUUACACCCGGUAACGGAAUUACAUCUUGGGUCCCUGAUCUGUACUAUACAGAAAUGCAUAAUUAUGGAUAUGAAUGUAAUUCUCCUCAUGUUUCACAAGUUUGGACAUCACAAUACAGCACAGCAGAGUAGGAUAGAGUAGAGUUCAGUACGGUGCAGUAGAAGAGUACAUUAUAGUAUAGUAGAGUAUAGCAGUACAGUAAAUUACAGUACAAUAUACUGUACUCUACUAUACUAUGCUACAUUGUCUUACUUUAUUGUACUGUACUGUACCACUGUAUUGGAUUGUAUUGUACUGUACUGUACUGUGCUAUCCAAACUUGUGAAACAUAUGUCUAUGAUAGGUUCAGAUUUGGUCCGGUUUGUCUGUGGACGUUAACAUCAAGGCCAGGGUUGACUGACCAAAUUUAAACUACUUUUCAACAUCCGGUGUCGGUCGGUGCUCAGUGGGCGAGGAUGCUGGUUACAGUAAAUGGAAAGAGAGGAGGCUCAUGGGUAGGUGGCAGUAAGAGCUGGGAGAGGUGACAUUAACGGGAGAGUGAGAGAGAAAGGCAGAGAGAGAGAGGGAGAGGUUGUCCAGACUCAGACUGUUUUGGUUUAACCACCAGAUGACAGAAACAGAAAGAAAACAGUUAUCAGCUGAACAUAACAGUAUGCCAGUGGAAGGGAGGGCAGUAGCAGGUGACCAAACUGUGGUUUGUGACUAUUAUGAUUUCCCAUUGUAGCCAAUUCAGCUGCAGUAAUUCCGUUACUGAUUUUUGGUAAUUCCGUUACAAAUUUUGUAACAGAAAUAUGAGUUUUAAUCACUUAAUAAUUCAUAAACUAAAUGUAUAUCAGUAAAAUCACUAUAACUAAUUGGUAGGUCUACCAUUACUUGUUACUUCUGUGAACUUUGAUUAUCCUCCCUCCACAUAAAGAUAUGUGGGUUUUUGGUAACAUAAUUACAAGGCAAUAUUUCUUAUACUUACAGAAGGUUAACAAUUUCUCCAAAAAGAAAUGUGUGUUGAUAUUAGUUGGCAGGGGUCUUUACAUCAACAUUAUUGUGUUUUGAUGUAUUUCUGAUACCUUCUAAGACUUUUGCUGGUAGAUGUUUCCUAAGACCCCUUUUCUAUCUGUUUUUAUCCAGAAAUCAAAGACUUCACUUAUGCCACAUUCUUAAGAUGGAAAAUGGUUGGAAAAUGUAUCUGCCUUCAUUUCCCAAAAAUAUAGACUUAGCUUUCAUUUGACACCCAAGUUGUUAUGCUCCUAUGAACUUCACAUGUUGGUGCUCAUGGAUCCUUUUCGAUGGAAAUGCCCAUAAGCUACUCCAUAGAGAAAGACAGACGGACGGACGGGUAGAUAGCUCUAUAAUUUGAUUAAAAGCGCGAGGGGGCGCGCGUACAGAGAGAGAGGGAGAGGGAUGAACUUAAGUUAAGUAUUUUUGUUUACCUCGACCACAAUCUGUCACCUAUCCCCUCCUUGAGGUAUCCCGCUACAUUAUACCCGCGCUCCACAACUGUCCAUUUAUUGCCCCUAGAAUCGCUAAAAAACGCACCCCAGAAAAUAUCACGGACUCACGUGAACACUUAAAAUAUCACAAUAUUAGUAAGCGUUGUUGGCUGUGGUAUAGACUAUUCAACUUUACUGGGCGUAAAAUGUUAACUAACCUUGAAUAGACUUUACAUUGUUUAAUCACUUAUAAGCCUACAGUUUCAUUAUGGAAAUGAUGUCAUCAAAAGAUGACAUCAUCCAUUGGGCUAAAACUGAACUAAUUUAUAGUGGCGCAGCGGUCUAAGGCACUGCAUCUCAGUGCUUGAGGCGUCACUACAGCCCCCCUGGUUCGAUUCCAGGCUGUAUCACAACCGGCCGUGAUUGGGAGUCCCAUAGGGCGGCGCACAAUUGGCACAGCGUCGUUCGGGUUUGGCCGGUGUAGGCCGUCAUUGUAAAUAAGAAUUUGUUCUUAACUGACUUGCCUAGAUAGUUAAAUAAAGGUAAAAAUAAAAAUAAAUAGCCCCCAGGGUCAACAGUUGUUGUUGUUAGUUUGUUUUGGGAAGCAUGUUUAUUUGUAGAACAUCACACUUGUGAUGUUCCCCCAUCCCCCACAGACCCAAAUCUAUCUUCAAUCAUUCAACUACAUGUUGAUACAAUCUAGAUAAGCCCACUCUGUCAUUUGCUGCUGCAACCACUGUACUCCCUGGAGAGGUGGUUGGGCCUAAUGGUAUUUUCCUCCUGAUUGCGCACCACCCAGGACCCAGCCUGUCCAUAUCUAGUAGGCUAGUAUUUGUUGUGAUGAGUAGGCAAGCUCAUAUUCAGAUUCUAUUUUAUUCUAUUCUAAUCUACUCUGAUCCAUCUGAUCCCAUAACCAGUUUUAUCUUCAACGAAAUAGGCCUAUAUUGGAUAGCCAAUAGAGUCUUUGUACAGUAUAAUGCAUGGUUGCCUGCCUCCAAUACCCGGCGUGUGUGUGUGUGUAAAGAGUCUGGUGGGUGAAACAUUAGCCGUGCAAAUCACGAAAUGGAAAAUUCCAGUGAUUCCUGUGCCGCUCAUCUUCCAUGUCACCCAGAGUGACAGAUCAGGGCGUGUUCGUCACUAAAAGGCAAAGAUGACUGUGUGUUUGUGUGUGCGUGAGCGAGUGUGCCCAUCGUGGAGUUCCGAUUUUUGUGGCCCCCAUCCCCAUCAAAGUUGCCCAUCCCUGACAUAGAUCAACAUCAGCAUGGUCAUUCAUUACAAAUGAACAAAGCUGAAAUAAGCCUAGAUCUACAUUACAGUACAGAGUAGUAUAGAAGUACUAGGCCUCUGUCUCCCUCUAUAAUGCCAAUAUAGUAGCUCUAUUGCCUAACUUGUACAUUACAGUAUAGGAUACUAGUAGGCCACAGUGUCUCUCUAUAGUAGGCCUAUAUGGGCCUAUCCACGAUUUCUCAAAAGCAAGACAGUGGGACGACUAGACCAAUGAUGUCACCAGUGCCAUUGCUGCUAGUGGCACUUGAUCUCUCGUGUGUGUGUGUGUGUGUGUGUGUUGGGCGGAUGGAAUUGGAAUGUAUUCGGUCCCUAAGGGAUAUAUACUAUGACAGUGUGUGUGUGUGGAGUUGAAUUAAGAUCACAUGAAGGGAGACAUACAGGAAAAGCUCUAAGAACACAUAUAAUGGAGGGGAAACAUAAUGGAGCAGAAAGAGAUGGAUAGAGAUAAAGGAGAGAUCGGGGAAGGAAAGAGAAAGACUGAGGAGUGUGGGUAUAGAAGAGGAGUGUGGGUAUAGAAUGGAGAGAGGAUUCAUUGGUUGAACCGGGAGUCCGACAUUACAUUAGCAGAAAGAGCGAUGGACGGAGAGAAAAAUAAAAAGAGAGUAAGGAAGAGAGAGUGCCAGAGGGGGAUGACGAGAGAGGGUGAGAGAGAAAAAGGGAGGAAGAGAAGAGGAGGAGGAGGUAAAGAGAUGGACAGAGGAUGCAGUAGGUGGUGUGGGCCCAGCGUUUCCACAGCAACCAAGCCAGAGUUCACACAAGAGAGAGCGAUGGAGAGGGAGAGAGAGAGCGAGAGAAAGGGAGUGAGAGAGAAGAGCGCGUACACAUAACGUAUAUAUGACGGCGGUGUAAACCCCCACACUGAAACAUAUCCCCCUGUGAACUUCAUACACAGAUUCCAGGAGCUAAUUCUAGAACGGACACCCCUCUCAUCCCCCUCUCCCCCUUCUCUCCCCCUUCUCUCCCCCCUCCUCCUCCUCCUCACCCCUCCCUCCCCCACUUCCGCCCCUCAGCUGUCCUUUCAGAUAUUAAUAACUCAAUUGAGACACCCAGGUUGUAUCCCAAAUAGCACCCUAUUCCCCUACUUUUCACUGGAGUCCUAUUGGGUUCUGGUGGAACAUAGUGUACUAAAUAGUAGGGCUGGGAAUUGCCAGGGACCUCACGAUACGAUAUUAUCACGAUACUUAGGUGCCAUUACGAUAUUUAUUGAGAUUCUCACGAUUCUAUAUGUAUUGCAAUUCAAUACUGUGUUUUUAUUGCGAUUCAAUGUUCCAAACAUAUUGCUCACCAUGUCUGCUGCAGAGGGACAAGAGAGAGCCAUGAGAAAACGAGUUGUCAGUCAUGGAAAUAAAAGUGCUGAAAACAAAUGGCCUCCCUAUAUAAAAAAAGAUGGAGAACAAGCUAUGAAGGAAAAGUUAUGGUGCAGGUACAAAAAUAAUAUUGCGAUAUUGUCCAAAUUAUACGAUAUAUAUCGUCAAAGAUAAUAUCCCGAUAUGUAACUGCAGACUAGCCAACCUGCAUCCUCUCGUCUUUCUUUGGCACUCCCUAGUAUCUACCCAGACUGUCUCUCCAGACACACAUGCAUUCUCAAACACACACACACACAGUCUUACACACACAUAAAUAAAACACACACUCUCUCUCUCACUCCUUCACCCCCCCCCCCCCCCCCCCCCCCCAAGCUUAAGUCAGUCCUCACUUAGCUCAUCCUACAUUUGAGAAGCGUAUAAGGUGUCCAGUCUACUGACUAGACAUCAUUAGUGUACUGUAGCCUAACCAGUGACCACACACACUCUAGGGUUAGACACGGUUCAUCUAAUAUCUGGAUAUCAGAACGGACAUUGGCAUUCGAUUACUUGAGUCAGUGAUCAUUUUUAUAGAAAAACAAUUGUAGGUCUAUUUUGACAAUGAAAAAGCGUUGUUAUAAAUUAAAUUAUCCUUGUGAUAUUGUUACCUACAAGGAUAUACCAUGACAUUUAAAAUACCAUGACAUUUAAAAUAUAUCACUAUUGCUUUUAGUAAAAACUACUGAUUGGUCAAGAGUCAAGAUCUUUAUCUGGAUAUCCCAAUAUUAAUGUAAAAUGCCCAUCCCUAACGCACGCACACACACACACACACACACACAGUGACCACACACAGACACAGUGACCACACACUAAGGCCUGUAUUGUUUGCUGUGUGUGGUCUCAUUCUAAUGUCAAUAUCUUGAGAUGGUUAUGUGGGUAACGAUGAAUUCCCUCAACGUGGUUCUCCUAUGGCCUACUACAGUAUUAUACACUGAGUAUACAAAACAUUAAGAACACUUGCUCUUUCCAUGACAUACUGACCAGGUGAAAGCUAUGGUGCCUUAUUGAUGUCACUUGUUAAAUCCAAUUCAAUCAGUGUAUAUGAAGGAGAGGAGACAGGUUAAGGAAGGAUUUUUAAGCCUUCAGACAAUUGAGACAUGGAUUGUGUAUGUGUGCCAUUCAGAUGGUGAAUGGGCAAGACAAAAUAUUUAAGUGCCUUUGAAUGGGGUAUGGUAGUAGGUGCCAGGAGCACUGGUUUGUGUCAAGAACUGCAACGGUGCUGGGUUUUCAUGCUCAACUGUAGUUUCCCGUAUGUAUCAAGAAUGGUCCACCACCCAAAGGACAUCCAGCCAACUUGACACAACGCUGGGAAGCAUUGGAGUCAACAUGGGCCAGCAUCCCUGUGGGGAACGCUUUCGAAACCUUGCAGAGUCUAUGCCCCGACAAAUUGAGGCUGUUCUGAGGGCAAAAAUGGGUGCAACUCAAUAUUUGGAAGGUGUUCCUAAUGUUUGGUAUACUCAGUGUAGAUACUGUAUUGUAUAUAUUGAGGUAGUUGAGUUUCCUUCAAGACAACAUGGGCUAUGUCCCAAUUAUCUCUCCUUCCUCCCAAAAUGUGCAGUUGUUCCACUUACCUUCCUAUUUGAAAUAUAUCUACUGAAGUACACCCAGAUUUACACACUCAAACCAAGCAGGGAUUCUAGGGAUGAGGAAGACAACAGUGAAUGCAGCUUACGUAAAUUCUGCAGUGGCUCCAGGUCCUUUCGUGCACUAAUAAUAGCCAAUAAUCCACAAGGGAAUAUCAGUUUUCAUCCACUGAGAUCGAUGCAAGAUCAAUGGAUACACGCAUCACUUAAACAUUUAUACAACACACAAUAAUCAUAGCAUCAGUACAUGUUCUCGCAUUCCACACUAGAUACUCAUGUAAUGAUUAUACUUCCGAAAAGUCUUCUCGUAAAUCAUAAAGUCCCAGCUCUGUUUGUUGCGGCUUGGCGGGAGCCAUUUGGGGUGCCCCUUGAAAUGGAUGAUUUCCAAUGUCCCGCUGUUUAGUGGCAAUAGGGGUGUAGUCUUUCCUGAACGUGGUGGGGAAGGGGGCAGAGAGUGGGUCCUUUCCUGUCUUUUCAUCUCUGCCAUUGGCAGGCAGAUGCAGACAGGUAGUUUGAUCAACUGCAUUGGCUUUUGGAUUGUAACCAGUGAUAUGGUCAGAUUACAUGAAAAUAGAGCUUUUUGGCCAUGCACACCAGUGGUGGGUUUGGCGUUGGAAAACAAAAGCAUAAGCCGGAAAGUACCUCAUACCUACCGUAAAAUAUAGUGGUGGAUCUUUGAUGUUAUGGGGUUAAUUUGUUUCCACUGAUCCUGGGGCCCUUGUUAAAGUACCUGGACAUUUUAGAGAAAAAACAAAUCCGGUUGCCUCUGCUAGGAGGCUAACACUUGGCCGCAAGUGGAUCUUCCAGCAAGACAAUAACCCCAAGCACUAAUCAAAAUUCAUAAAGAAAUGGUUAAUCGAUCACAAAAAUCUACAUUUUGCAAUGGCCAUUUCAGUCUCCAGACUUGAACCCCAUUGAAAACCUGUGGUUUGGAAAGAUUCUGUAUGGAGGAAUGGUCUAAGAUCCCUCCCAACGUGUUCUCCAACCUCAUAAAAUCUUAGAAAAAGUAUUUAAAGGAAGGGUGGCAAUAAUUUUGACCGCUAUUUUUAAAUGUUUUACUUAGUUAAACUAAAUCUAUUUCUCUGAGCAAUUGUAUUAGUAAAAAAGUAUAUCAUUUCCCAAUGUUUUGAGAGUACAAUAUAGCUCAGUAUUUGUAUUAUUUAUUUUAUACAGUCUUAUUUGCUCGUCUUUAUCAAGGGUGCCAAUAAUGUUGGACCUGACUGUAUGUGAUGAUGCCAUAUAAGCGUACAGUUGGCCUACAUGAGGAGAGGAUGCAGUGUGUGUGUCUGUGACUGUUUGUGUGUGGUGCGUGCGUGCGUGCGUGUGUGCAUUCGUGUGUGUGUGUGUGUGUGAGGUGAUCGGGAGAGAGGUGACACCACCAAAAAUAGAACAAAAUACAGCGAAGCAGGAAGAGAACUGAAAUAGCACACAGCUGCAGUGAAAGUCAUGCACCCCUAUUCCCGACUGUGACUCCCAAACUAAUCCUGUUGCUAUGGCAACCACACAUCGCAAAACAAAAACAACAACUUACAACCUCUGAGGUUUGUGUGUGUGUGAGUGCAUGUUUGCGCUUGCAUGGCUGUGUGUGUGUGUGUGUGUGUGUGUGUGUGUGUGUGUGUGUUUUAGAGAUCCUCACAGUCGUAUCAGCACAGUUGGUUUGAUUAAUUUGACUCCUACGACUAUAGGGUCCUUUGUGGUGUAGAGUUUCCUUCAAUAUUUAAUAUUGCUUAAGUUCUUUCCUUUCCUUCGCCUCUUGUCCUCUUUCUCUAAAACCGACCUCACGCUGUUGCUUAGUAAAUACCUGCUUAGUAAAUACUAUCAAGCCCCACUGUUUUUUUUCUCCAAGCUCUCCCUCUUUCCAACACGCAACUCCAUUUCUUUCUUCCUCCAUAUAGAUCUGCUUGUAUUUAUAUCCCCUUCUCUCUCUCUCUCCUUUGUGUCAUCUGUUCUCUGUCACUCUCUUUCUCCUAAUCACGUUUCCUCUCUCUCUCUCUCCCCCUCCCUCUGCUCCUCUCUCCUACAGAUCUGAGGAACCAGACAGAACAGAGACCACACACCUCCGACUACCUGACAUCAGAACCGAGAAGUAAACAAACAACAACAACAGCGCCAUGCAUACCUCCACCGUCUUCCUCCUCCCCUUCUUCCUCCUCUCUCUCCUCGCCUCUUCCUCUUCCCAGAGCGACUCUCCGGAACUCAUCGUCACCAUGCUGGCAGGACGCGUCCGCGGCGUCCGACUACCGACGCCGGACCGGAGUCACGUGACCGCUUUCCUCGGAAUCCCAUUUGCGGAGCCCCCACUGGGCAAGAAGCGCUUCCGAAAGGCGGAGCCCAAGAAGCCGUGGUCGGACUUGUUAGAAGCUAGCUCCUACCCAAAUGCCUGCUACCAGUUCGUUGACACCUCUUUCCCCGGGUUCCAGGGAAGCGAGAUGUGGAACCCCAACAGGUUGACAUUUAUUUUACGUUGACAUUUUCCAGGUUUCCGAGAUGCGAAACUCUAAGAAGUCUACUAUUGUUUUAGAUAUCCUUUGUUUGGGUUCCAAAUUGCGCUCUAUUCCAGAGGGGUAUACUACAAAUCAGGUUUGAGGAGUUAGCGAGGUAACUUUAGUCAACUCUGAGUUUAAUUUAGGAUAACCGGUACCACGAAAGUGACUCACCUUUUAGCAAGGUCAUUUUCUAUGGCAACGAAUCCUUCAGCACUAACCUGCCUCUGGGGCAGGCUAACUCAGAGCUAACUCCAUUUAUCCUGAAUGAAGUAACUGAGCCAUGAAUUGAUCAGAUUAGCUCCCUCUCGCAAAGAUUGCGUCAUCAUCCCCUUCAUUUGAAGAAGAUGACUGAUUAAAUAUUUGAUUAAUGAAAUAUUUUUUGUGUGUUAAAAAAUGGUCAUGUAUCACAUGACACAUUUAGUAAUGACAGAAUGCAUUUUAAACUUCACGCAUGACUUAAUACAAUAAUAUUAUCAUAGGUGGGGAAAAAAGAUCCUUGAUAAGCACACCAAAGACGGCAUUAACGAUAGGUAAUAAAAUAUAAAAGUCUAUUUCACACUGCUUAGCCUGCUGAAUUUGCAAGAUAACGUUUCCUUCAUUUUGAUUUUGGCACAAAUGAAAAUGUGGCACUGACGCGCCCAUGGAUUGACGUUUCAGCAUUGUCUCAAUGAAGAGUUCGGCGUUCGAUUAGCCAUGUGCGACAUGAACGCGCAGUUACAAGCCUUGCUCGAGCAGGCUCAAGGAAGCAGUGGGUGCACGAUCAAUAUCCACCUUCGUAGUACAGAUAUAGCCUGAGCUGUAAUGUGAAGCUGCUAACUGAAGCUGGCUAGCUGGCUAGCUUCAUAAAAGCCUGAGUAGAUCUACCUUGCUUCGUAGUGUCCCCCUCAGGGCUCAUUAGACUCUGGUCAAAAAUAGUGCACUAUGUAGGGAAUAGGGUGCCAUUUUUUUUUGUUUUAAUUAUUAAUCUGUUUUAUUGCUUCUUGUUUGCUUUUACUUCAUUUCAUUAUUUUACUUUAAAGUGUGUUUGCGAUUUUAAAUGCACUUUAAAUAAAGUUUGAUUUGAAAUAAAGUUUCAUUAUACCAGAUGGUAGCUAGAUGUUUACUAAAUAAAGUUUGAUUUGAUUUCAACAGGGAGAUGAGCGAGGACUGCCUCUACCUCAAUGUCUGGGUCCCCGCCUCCCCCAGACCUCACAACCUCACCGUGAUGGUAUGGAUCUACGGAGGGGGGUUCUACAGGUAGGUAGUCCAGUGGGCUAAGGAGAUUGACCUGUAGCCAGAAGGUCGCCGGUUCGAAUCGCAGGAAGGGCACUGGAAGAAAGGGGGGAAUUGAUCUGACAAGUGGAAGGCUGCUUGGUUUACAUCUUAACAAUAAUCCCCUAACUACUAUUGUGUCCAGGGGUGUUGCACUGUGGCUAGGACCCUGUGCUUCUUUCAAGUUUGUGUGUAUGCAUGCAAGUGCUGUUUUGGGAGGUUGAGAAUUGAGCAGGAGACACAUUUUCAUUGUUCGCUGUAUCAUAUGGACAAUAAAGUUGUGUUGUAUUCUAUUCUACAGCGGCUCCUCGUCCCUGGAUGUGUACGACGGGCGCUACCUGGCUCACUCGGAGAGGGUGGUGGUGGUCUCCAUGAACUACCGUAUCGGCGCCUUUGGGUUCCUGGCUCUCCACGGCUCCUCGGAGGCCCCUGGGAACGUGGGGCUCCUAGACCAACGCAUGGCCCUCCAGUGGGUCCAGGAUAACAUACACUUCUUUGGGGGAAACCCCAAACAGGUAAUGAUAAUUAUUUUUUAAAUUUGUAGUCAUUUAGCAGACGCUCUUAUCCAGAGCGACUUACAGUUUUUAGUGAGUGCAUACAUAAUUGUUUUUUUUUUCAUACCCCCCGUGGGAAACGAACCCACAACCCUGGCGUUGCAAACACCAUGCUCUACCAACUGAGCUACAUCCCGGCCAUUCCCUCCCCUACCCUGGACGACGCUGGGCCAAUUGUGCACCGCCCCAUGGGUCUCCCGGUCACGGCCGGCUACGACAGAGCCUGGAUUCGAACCAGGAUCUCUAGUGGCACAGCUAGCACUGCGAUGCAGUGCCUUAGACCACUGCGCCACUCGGGAGAUAAUAAAGCAAGUUUGUGCACUCUAUAAAUUCAAUAUUAUUGUUAUUAACUACUACUAUCACUACUCCUAGGUGACCAUCUUUGGGGAGAGUGCCGGAGCAGUCUCUGUUGGGAUGCACCUCCUGUCUCCCGACAGUCGUCCCACCUUCACCCGAGCCAUCCUCCAGAGUGGAGCCCCAAACUGCCCCUGGGCCACUGUUACGCCAGCUGAAGCCCACCGGAGGGCCGUCAUGUUGGGGAAGCUCGUCGGCUGCCCCUCUGGGGGUAACGAUACGGAGAUGGUGGACUGUCUUCGCAACAAGCCCCCGCAGGAGCUCAUUGACCAGGAGUGGCAGGUACAUUAAUUCAUUACAUUUAUGUUUACGUUUAAGUUUUACAUUUGUUAAAUUUUCUACUUACGUUUGAAAAAAAAUUACGUUAAAAUGUGCAUUUACAUUGUUACUUUUUAAGUUUACAUUUAUGUUUUACGUUCACAUUUAACGUAUGCAUUUACAUGUAAUGUAAGGAAUGUGUUUUAAAUUAUUUACCAGGUUAAAUGAAGGCGAAAUAAAUACAUUUUGUUUUGUCUUCUCAGGUCAUGCCGUGGUCUGCCAUCUUCCGUUUCUCCUUUGUGCCCGUCAUCGAUGGCGUGGUCCUUCCAGACAACCCCGAGGCCAUGCUCAGCUCAGGCAACUUCAAGGACACCCAAAUCCUGCUGGGGGUCAACCAGGAUGAGGGGUCCUUCUUCCUCCUUUAUGGAGCCCCCGGCUUCAGCAAGGUGGGGGGGGGUGAAAUGUGCGGAGAGGGGCGGCUGCAUGUGUGCGUUUGUGCAUGUGUGCCUGUGUGUGUUUCUCUGUGUGUGCAUGUGUAGUGUGGGUGUGUGUUUGUACAUUCAUGCCUGUGUGUGUGUUCCACUGACACUGAUACAAUUUCACACAAACCUUCCAUUGACUCGCCAUAGGACAAUGAGUCACUGAUCUCACGCGAGGACUUCCUGGAAAGCGUGAAGCUGAGUGUUCCGCAUGCCAACGAGAUCGGCCAGGAGGCCGUGGUGCUGCAGGUAAGUAGCCCAGCCAGUUAAGGAGGUGGACCUGUAGCCGAAAGGUGGCCAGUUCGAAUCCCGGUUGGGCCGGGUGCUGGGGAAAAAAAGGGGAAUUGAUCUGGCAAGCUAGAAAACAGAUUCUAGUUGUUCGCUGUAACAUAUGGACUAAUAAAGUUGUAUCAAUCAGGGCAACCAGAGCACACUCCACUUGCCUGACUGUUCAGUUUACUUGCCCUCGCAAGGGCAACCGGGUAACCGCAAAUGUCUUACCAUGUAUUGUGUUGCAGUACUUUGUGACAACCGUGGAGGUACAAAUUAUUGUAUAAAAUAAAUAUGAUUGAUUGACUGACUAAUUCAGUUGUAUUGUGUUGCAGUAUACUGACUGGUUCGAUGAGAACAAUGGGGCAAAGAACCGUGAUGCCCUGGAUGAUGUGGUCGGAGACCAUAAUGUCAUCUGCCCCCUGCAGCACUUUGCCAGGAGCUAUGCCCAGUUUCACUCUAACCAGGGUGCCAACAAUGGCCAACAAGCAGGCAACGCUGGGGCCACGAAGGAUGGGAACUCACAAGGUAAGGAUGGUUCAUGAAUGUUUUUCAAAGAUGUUAUUUCAUGUCAUACAAUGGUUGGUUCUUAAGGCCCUUUGCUCCACUAGGUGCUAAAAGGAAUAACUAAAGUUUUAAGUAGUUCAAACAAAAAGUCUAACUCAAAAGUCCUGUGUCAAUAUUCCAUGUCAAUGUCUCUCCUAUCCUACUGUUGUUCCCAGGUGGAGUGUACCUGUUUGAGAUAUAUACAACACAGUGGCUGAUGUCAUAGACAUGCAUAGCUCUAGAAUGUGCUCAAAAUGGCAGCCAUCCUGGUUAGGGAUACAUGUUCUAUUUCAUUCAAUGCUCUAUUUCAAACUCUCUAGGUGGAGUGUACCUGUACCUGUUUGACCACCGUGCGUCUAACCUGGCGUGGCCUGAGUGGAUGGGCGUUAUCCAUGGUUACGAGAUAGAGUUUGUGUUCGGCAUGCCGCUGGAGAAGAGACUGAACUACACAGCCGAGGAGGAGAAACUGAGCCGACGCAUGAUGAGAUACUGGGCCAACUUUGCACGCACCGGGUAAGACAGAGGGGGGGAGUGAGAGGGAGAUAAAGUGGUAAAAGGGUAUGGGUGGGUCUGUGUGUGUUGUCUAUCGAAGCACACUGAAAGCUGUCCAACCCUAAUCAAAUCUAUUAUCUCUCUUUCUGUCUCCCACUCUCUCUCACCUCUCUCUCCAGUAACCCCAAUAUCAACUUUGAUGGCAGUGUGGAUAGCAGGCGGAAGUGGCCCCAGUUCACCAACAGUGAACAGAAACACGUGGGUCUGAACACGGAAUCCCUGAAGAUCCACAAGGGCCUGCGGAAUCAGCUGUGUGCAUUUUGGAACCGCUUCCUGCCACGCCUCCUCAACAUCACCGGUAAUAGGGUUACACACACACACACACACACACUACGAUGACACUAUCUGGACCUCUAACAGUACAUUAAGGACAUCAAAGCAAUGCACAUGACAGUACAAACAUACUGUCAACACCAUUUCCUCAUAUUCUUCCCUCAGCUUAGAUUGUACAACCAUAUAUGGUUAUUGUAAUCACAAUUAUUUGUAAGGGAGAUUAAUUAUUAAACUCAUUAUUUGGCUGCAAGUAUAUAUUCAAAUGAUUUAUACAGAGGGUUAAUGGCUAGAAAUAUUCAGAGAUAGCUACCUGCGGCUUAGUCUUUUACAGGGAAAAGGGCUCAAUCAACCGACAGAACUAUAAAAAUAACUGGGGAGAGGGAGAGAGUGAGAUGGUGUGGUUUGUUUGGUUUUGCAAUGGAAAGUUGUGCAUGGUCAGUAAAGCAUAUAGCACACUCUACAGUAGCUACAACACUUCCUUACUAAACUGACCCAGGGUCAGAUUGGAUCAAGAAGGAUAGGACUGUGAUGUCAUAGAUUUUAAGGUUAGUUCCAGGAAUCUAUGGCCUGCAUUCUUGGGAGCCAGAGGUUGCCGUCCCAAAUGGCACCCUAUUCCUUAUGUAGUGCAGUACUUUUGACCAUAGCCCAUGGGCCCAUAGCCAUGGGGCUGUAAUAGCAGUGUUAUCUGAGAGCUUCUGUCAAAUUAUUGUGCACAUUUAGUUGAUUUACGUGUUUGUUUUUUUUGGGGUGUGUUUGAUAACUCAUUACAUUUUUAUCGAAUAUACAGUAUCUAGUUGCCUUGACCAACAGAGUGGCAGAAUUGAUGGCAGAUCGAUUUGUUUAGUUUGCUAAACUAGCUAGCUAGCUAGUUAGUUAGCUAUAGCUAACUGUCUACCGCAUUCAAAAGAUGCUUUCAAGUUUCAUUUAUUUACCACAUGCACACAUGAAACAUUAAAACAUUACAGCUAGAUUAUUUCAAAUAAAAAACUUAAAUAUCACAUUUACAUAAGUAUUCAGACCCUUUACUCAGUACUUUGUUGAAGCACUUUUGGCAGCAAUUACAGCCUCGAGUCUUCUUGGGUAUGACCCUACAAGCUUGGCACACCUGUAUUUGGGGAGUUUCUCCCAUUCUUCUCUGAAGAUCCUAUCAAGCUCUGUCAGGUUGGAUGGGGACCGUCGCUGCACAGCUAUUUUCAGGUCUCUCCACAGAUGUUCGAUCGGGUUCAAGUCCGGGCUCUGGCUGGGCCAAUCAAGGACAUUCAGAGACUUGUCCCGAAGCCACUCCUGUGUUGUCUUGGCUGUGUGUUUAGGGUCAUUGUCCUGUUGGAAGGUGAACCUUCGCCCCAGUCUGAGGUCCUGAGCACUCUGGAGCAAGUUUUCAUCAAGGAUCUCUCUGUACUUUGCUCCAUUCAUCUUUCCCACGAUCCUAAUUAGUCUCCCAGUCCCUGCCGCGGAAAAACAUCCCCAGCAUGAUGCUGCCACCACCAUGCUUCACCGUAGGGAUGGUGCCAGGUUUCCUCCAGAUGUGACACUUGGCAUUCAGGCCAAAGACUUCAAUCUUAGUUUCAUCAGACUAGAGAAUCUUGUUUCUCAUGGUCUGAGAGUCCUUUAGGUGCCUUUUGGCAAACUCCAAGCAGGUUGUCAUGUGCCUUUUACUGAGGAGUGGCUUCCGUCUGGCCACUCUACCAUAAAGGACUGAUUGGUGGAGUGCAGCAAAGAUGGUUGUCCUUCUGGAAGGUUCUCCCAUCUCCACAGAGGAACUCUGGAGCUCUGUCAGAGUGACCAUCGGGUUCUUGAUCACCUCCUUGACCAAGGCCCUUCUCCCCCGAUUGCUCAGUUUGGCCGGGCGGCCAGCUCUAGGAACAGUCUUGGUAGAUCCAAGCUUCUUCCAUUUAAGAAUGAUGGAGGCCUCUGUGUUCUUGGGGACCUUCAAUGCUGCAGAAAUGUUUUGGUACCCUUCACCAGAUCUGUGCCUCUACACAAUCCUGUUUCGGAGCUCUACGGACAAAUCCUUCGACGUCAUGGCUUGGUUUUUGCUCUGACAUGCACUGUCAACUGUGGGACCUUAUAUAGACAGGUGUGUGCUUCAAGGUGGGAACCACACAUGCGGAGAUCAUCCAAUCACCUACUCUGCGUCUCACAAAGACACGGCGGUUGGAACCAAAAAUCUCAAUUUUGGACUCAUCAGACCAAAGGACAGAUUUCCACCCGUCUAAUGUCCAUUGCUCGUGUUUCUUGGCUCAAGCAAGUCUCUUCUUAUUAUUGGUGUCCUUUAGUAGUGGUUUCUUUGCAGCAAUUUGACCAUGAAGGCCUGAUUCAUGCAGUCUCCUCUGAACAGUUGAUAUUGAGAUGUGUCUGUUACUUGAACUCUGUGAAGCAUUUAUUUGGGCUGCAAUUUCUGAGGCUGGUAACUCUAAUGAACUUAUCCUCCGCAGCAGAGAUAACUGGGUCUUCCUUUCCUGUGGCGGUCCUCAUGAGAGCCAGUUUCAUCAUAGCGCUUGAUGAUUUUUGCGACUGCACUUGAAGUUUCAAAGUUCUUGAAAUGUUCCGUAUUGACUGACCUUCAUGUCUUAAAGUAAUGAUGGAUUGUCGUUUCUCUUUGCGUAUUUGAGCUGUUCUUGCCAUAAUAUGGACUUGGUCUUUUACCAAAUAGGGCUAUCUUCUGUAUACCACCCCUACCUUUUCACAACACAUCUGAUUUGGCUCAAACGCAUUAAGGAAAGACAUUUCACAAAUUAACUUUUAACAAGGCACACCUGUUAAUUGAAAUGCAUUCCAGGUGACUACCUCAUGAAGCUGGUUGAGAGAAUGCCAAGUGUGCAAAGCUGUCAUCAAGGCAAAGGGUGGCUAUUUGAAAAAUUUCAAAUAUAAAAUAUGUUUUGAUUUGUUUAACACUUUUUUGGUUACUACAUGAUUCCAUAUGUGUUAUUUCAUAGUUUGUAUGUACAGCAGUCACGAUAACAGAUGAAAACUCUCUUAGGAGGUUGAAGGGUUGGCAUUUGACCAUCAGGUAUUCCAAGAUGGGUGAACAAUAGGUAGAGACUUCCACUGCGCUAGAGUCUGCACACCAUCUGUUGUUGAUGAAGAGACAUGCCCCUCCCCCUCUGGAUUUCCCUGAAUCAAUGACCUGUCUGCUCGAAGAAUGGAGAAUCCAUCGAGUUGGAUAGCCAUGGGGGUAUCUUGUCCGAAAGCCAUGUUUCAGAAAAACAGAGAAUAUUGCAGGAAUGAGAGUCCCGUUGAUAGCAAAUCCACGAUCUGAGGUAAUCUUAUUCUUAAGUGAAUAAGCCAAUAGAAUGGACGGAAGAUGUGGCCAGUUUUCCCUUUGCCUUAGUCUCAACAGGACGCCCGAUCUCUUGCCUCUUUUUCGCUGGUGUUUCCUCUUGGGUAGCCCGAAGAUUGGAUUGGAGGUACAUAAAGAGCCCAGGGCGGAUGAGUCAAAGUUGAAGCCGGAAUUGAGGUUAGCAACUUCUGAUCUGAUGUUCAAAAGUUUUGGUUGAUCAUAUGAAAUGAUAGCAGAUACAUUUAGUGCAAAAAAAGUCAAGAUAAACGCCAAAAUAGUCACAAAAUAGCAAAGUUGGGCCGGAGCUCUCAAGACUGCAGCCAUACGGUACAGCUUCAUCUUGUAUAAAAUCAUUCAGCACCGGCUUCUAGUUUCAACCACCCAAAAGUGAGAGGACUGAAUUGUGGAGAUGGCAGAACGCUCCCUCGUGGUGAGCUUGACUUUAUACACUGGGCUGAUGUGUGGUGAGCUUUUACCGUUCUUUCGUAAGCAGAAGAAGCAUCACCCAAGUGGGUGCUACACAUUGCUAGUGGAGGAGUCGUCCAGUUGCUACAGAGAGCUGAGGAUUGAGAACAACGUCAGGACUGGCUAGUCAACUCCAGCACUACCAUCAUCAUAAUCAAACCUGUCCCUCCCUAGUACCAUUCAACUCAACUACCAGAAGAAUAGAGGCCUUCACCAAGAAGAGCAGGCACCAUCCGAACCUGUCAAGACCAUCCGAACACUCUCCAUACUUUUUUUUCUUCUUGAACUAACUUUUAUCACCUUUUUUAUAUUUGUCUGCAAUUCAUCUUUAAGUUGAAUAAAUAGACUAUCAGAUCAGAAAAUGUUAAGACUUAGCCAGAAAGGUUAGCAGGAUGAAGGGAAUCACGGAACCCCUCUGGGCCUUCCACUCCAUGCCUAAUUGUAUUUCUCCUCUAUGACAAAGUCCUUAUUUAGCUCAUUCUAGGGCCUUGUGCUUUUUCUCUGUUCUCUCCAAGCGUAGACCUUUUUUCUAUUUUUGAUUUCACCAUCUGCUCUCCUUUCAAUCUGAAGUCCUUUUUGCUAAUAUCGUUUUAUCUCGCAAUUUUUAAAGUUAUAUAUAUAUAUAUAUAUAUAUAUAUAUAUGUUUUAUCUUGGCUGGCAAAGUGAGAAGCCUCAAACUCCCUUUCUCUCUCCUUUAUCCUUUUAUUUUGCAUAUUUUUGUAAUGUACAACAAUUCUAUUUCAUCCCUCCUUCUUUACCUCGGAACAUAUGUCGAUAGCCACUUGACUCACUGUGUGUGUGAUCCAUGUUUGUAUACCAAAAACCCAAACAUGAGUAUAAUGCCAACUUUUCAUUGGAAAUGUUCCAAACCCAAAAAGCCACUGUGUUUUACUGUUAGAGGUCUGUGUGAAACAUUUCUAGUUAGUCUCCUGACCUAUGACCCCAUGUCAGAUAAACAGGGAUGAUGUCGCUUCCUGGGUCUUCCCCGCUGUCUCCCGGGUUCCUUUCUGAAUGUGUCUGAUAUUGUGUGAUUCCAUCUGUAGGUGACAGUGGUGACUCUGUCUUUCACUUGUGGGAAUCUCUCUCUUUCUCUCUCUCCUCCUCCCCAGAUAACAUAGACGAGGCGGAGCGUCAGUGGAAGGUGGAGUUCCAUCGUUGGUCCUCCUACAUGAUGCACUGGAAGAGCCAGUUCGACCAUUACAGCAAGCAGGAGCGCUGCACUGACCUCUGAGGAGAGCAAGAGAUAAUGACGACCAUGUCCUUCCAUAGUUUCCUACAUUUCUUCAUGUGAUAUGAUUUGUUAAGGCUUGCAUUUAACUUGAUGAAGGCCAAACAGUGGAUUCCUUUCCCCCACAAAAUCACAUUUUACUGUAUCACAAAUCAUAUUUUCUGUGUUUUUUGUUUUUGUUUCCAUUGCGGAUGUUUGGCUACCUAUAACACGUCCAUAAGCUGACAUUUUAUCAGCAUCAGAUUUAUUAUGGAAGGAGGUGGUCAUUGAUGAAGGCUGUGAAAAGGUGAACAUUUCAAAUGUGUGUCAAUACAGUACCUCUGAAGACUGCGCGUGUGUGUGUGUGUG